CUAGUUAUGUCAAUCAAAGCUUUCUUGACGUUUGCCUGCACUCAGGUUGGAAUUGGAAAACUAAGGGUCUGUGUGUACAGUACUGCGACAUUGAAGUAGGCUAAAGUUACUGUAGUUGCGAUUGUUAGAAAUACAGUUUGGUUAAAAGUUCUCGAUUGUCCUGUACAAUAAGACAUUUUGUUCUGGUGGUUUAAGGGUGGUGGCUGGCUACGAUUUGACGGGAUCAUUUUUCUGACACUUUCCCGUGGACAGUAAGGGUUGUGGAGGCAGCCGGCAGCAUGGCCCAGUGGAACCAGUUGCAGCAGCUGGAGACCAGGUACCUGGAGCAGCUGUACCACCUGUACAGCGACAGCUUCCCCAUGGAGCUCCGGCAGUUCCUCGCCCCCUGGAUCGAAAGCCAGGACUGGGCGUACGCAGCGAACAAGGAGUCCCACGCCACGCUGGUGUUCCACAACCUGCUGGGGGAGAUUGACCAGCAGUACAGCCGCUUCCUGCAGGAGAACAACGUGCUCUACCAGCACAACCUGCGGCGCAUUAAGCAGCACCUGCAGUCCAAGUACCUGGAGAAACCCAUGGAGAUCGCCCGCAUUGUAGCCCGCUGCCUCUGGGAAGAGCAGAGGCUGCUGCAGACCGCCACCACCGCCGCACAGGACGGAACGGCGUCUCACCCGUCUGGCACUGUGGUGACGGAGAAACAACAGAUCCUGGAGCACAACCUGCAGGACAUCAGGAAGAGGGUGCAGGAUAUGGAACAAAAGAUGAAGAUGCUUGAGAAUCUCCAGGAUGAUUUUGACUUCAACUACAAGACCCUUAAAAGUCAGGGUGAUAACCCACCCAACUCCUCUCCUAUUUGCUCAGAGUUGUCCCAGGACAUGAAUGGGAACAGCCAGGCGGCAGCCACCCGGCAGAAGAUGUCUCAGCUGGAACAGAUGCUGAGUGCUCUGGACCAGCUCAGGAGGCAAAUCGUGACUGAGAUGGCAGGGCUGCUGUCAGCCAUGGACUUUGUCCAGAAGAACCUGACAGAUGACGAGCUGGCUGACUGGAAGAGGAGGCAGCAGAUUGCCUGCAUCGGAGGACCACCCAACAUUUGCCUGGACCGCUUGGAGACAUGGAUUACUUCCCUGGCUGAGUCUCAGCUGCAGAUCCGCCAGCAGAUCAAGAAGCUGGAGGAGCUCCAGCAGAAGGUGUCCUAUAAGGGAGACCCCAUCAUCCAGCACCGGCCCGCUCUGGAGGAGAAGAUAGUGGACUUGUUCAGGAACCUCAUGAAGAGUGCGUUCGUGGUGGAGAGGCAGCCUUGUAUGCCCAUGCAUCCAGACAGACCACUGGUCAUCAAGACAGGUGUGCAGUUCACCAACAAAGUCAGAUUACUGGUGAAGUUUCCAGAAUUGAAUUACCAGCUGAAGAUCAAAGUUAUUAUUGACAAGGAAUCUGGGGACGUGGCUGCCAUUCGAGGGUCUCGAAAGUUCAACAUCCUAGGUACCAACACCAAGGUGAUGAACAUGGAGGAGUCCAACAAUGGCAGUCUGUCAGCAGAGUUCAAACACCUGACCCUGAGGGAACAGAGGUGUGGCAAUGGUGGCAGGACCAACAGUGAUGCCUCCCUGAUCGUUACAGAGGAGCUCCACCUCAUCACCUUUGAGACAGAGGUCUACCACCAAGGCUUGAAGAUCGACCUGGAGACCCAUUCUCUACCAGUGGUGGUCAUCUCCAACAUCUGCCAGAUGCCUAACGCCUGGGCCUCCAUCCUGUGGUACAACAUGCUGACCAACCACCCCAAGAAUGUGAACUUCUUCACCAAGCCUCCGGUGGGGACGUGGGAUCAGGUAGCGGAGGUGCUGAGCUGGCAGUUCUCCUCCACCACUAAGAGAGGCCUGACCAUCGAGCAGCUCACCACCCUGGCUGAGAAACUACUAGGGCCGUGUGUGAACUACUCUGGAUGCCAGAUCACCUGGGCCAAGUUCUGCAAAGAGAACAUGGUGGGUAAAGGCUUCUCUUUCUGGGUAUGGCUGGACAACAUCAUUGACCUGGUCAAGAAGUACAUCCUGGCUUUGUGGAAUGAAGGGUAUAUUCUGGGUUUCAUUAGUAAGGAGAGGGAGAGGGCCAUCCUGAGCCCUAAGCCUCCUGGUACCUUCCUGCUGCGCUUCAGUGAGAGCAGUAAGGAGGGAGGCAUCACCUUCACCUGGGUGGAGAAGGACAUCAGUGGGAAGACUCAGAUCCAGUCGGUGGAGCCUUACACCAAGCAGCAGCUCAACAGCAUGUCCUUUGCAGAGAUCAUUAUGGGAUACAAGAUCAUGGACGCCACCAACAUCCUGGUGUCUCCGCUUGUCUACCUCUUCCCAGAGAUCCCCAAGGAGGACGCCUUCGGGAAGUACUGCCGACCGGAAGCUGCUCCAGAGGCUGAGCUCGGAGACCCGUGUAGUACCAUUCAACCAUACUUAAAGACAAAGUUCAUCUGUGUAACCCCGUGCCCUUCCGUGUUCAUGGACUUUCCGGACAGCGAGCUGCUUGGGAACGGGAUAUUCCCUGGCACCAACUCUGGUAACACCAGUGAUCUGUUUCCUAUGUCCCCUCGCACCCUGGACUCUCUGAUGCACAACGAGGCUGAGGCCAACCCUGGCCCGCUGGACUCCCUCACUCUGGACAUGGAGUUGAGCUCUGACGUGGCGUCACCCAUGUGAAGAGACGAGUGAACCAGACUAAUUUUUAAAUCUUUUAACUCCCCGUUUUCCUAAAAAAUAUAUAUUCCACAGUUACCUCUGUCCCAUAUUGUGAAAGGGAACAAGAUACAUUACAUUCUUUACCUUUCACCUUUACGCCUCAAACACACCUACAGCGUCAUUGUGCUAAAUGGUACGCAGCAGCAUCUGGAUAUGUGUGCAACAAAAGUUCAACUUUCACCUUCUGCUACCAUUUCUGUCAAGCCGUCUACGCAUACAGUUUGAUGCCUACUUUAGAUGAAGGCAAAUGCAGCGUUCCAUUGGAAAUGAAUGUUCUUUUGGUGUACCAAAAUGCAAUGACGCUAUCGGUGUGAUCGAGGCGUUGGUGUCAAUGUUUUUGAAAAGCCAUGUCUCACUCCCUGUGGGUGUUUCACAAAGUACCUUAUUUAAUUUGUAUAAAAAAUGUUUUACACAAAAGUAUAUUUUUGUUUCCUCGACUUCCUUUAAAAUGGUUUUGAUCUUAACCUUCAUUUAUGAACCAGCGCUUUUGUUUUUGUAAGAAUGCCUAAAGAGGAAGAUUGCAGUCUAGCUUUUCAAAGAUAAUAAGUUAUUAUUUGUUAGCGUCAUAGUUCUCAAUGACCUAUUCUAUAACCUUUUUUGGUGGUCUGUCUGUUUGUCCCAUGUCAUUCUCUAUUCAAGGGGACACCUGUAUCUUUAUUUUUAUUUGAUUGAGAAAUAUCCUUGUUCCAAUCUUUCCCGUUGUAUCUUAUUCCUUAUUACAAAAAACCUGUGUCUAGAAUCUCACUGUGACAAUGAGUCAAUAAUAUGAUGCGUUUAUAAAAACCAAGGAGAUGAGAACCAAAGGUCACAGGUGAAUUUGUUAAUUGAACAUUCAUUCAUAUAGGUAAUUUAUGUGAAUGGCACUGGUUUUUGUUUUAGGUGUCUGAAAUGGCAUUGAUGAUGACAGGAUAUUUCUCUGACCUUCUCUCCUCUCAGCCUGGGCUCAACCCCGCUCUCAGCUGGCAGGCAGCAUGUCUCAGUUGAAGGGAAAAUACUGAUUCCUUCCCUGGAUUGUAGAGCACGUUGAUGAUUGUCAUGAAUCCUGCCCUGAGCAAUUUCCACUAGCUGGACCAGCUGCACAUUUAAAAUUGGCGAUGUAAAAAUGUACUUUUUUUUUUUUUAAAUGUAAGGUUAGGGUUAGGCAUUAUGGUUAGGUUUGGGUUUAAAAUCUGAUGUUAUGACUGUGGCUGUGCCAGCUAGUGACCACUGCAGAGCUGCCUCCAGGACAAGAUUGAUGACAAUGAAUGCCAACCUGCUAUUGUAGAUAGAAAUGUACAUUCUUUGGUGUUUUGAAUUCAUACGCACCCCCUCCGUCCUUCAUAGUCUGUCAUAAUGUGAAUACCACUUGUUUUCAUUAAACCAUCAAACAUCAGAUUAUCAUUGCAACAGUACUGCACUAGUCUGUGCCUAAAUUGUUUAUGUAGUGCAUAAAUGGUUAAUGUAGUGCCUAUCUCAUACCGUAUUAAUGAUUUAUUUUAAGCUAACACUUGUAUGUGUUGACCUUGUUUUUUUUUUGUAAUUUGCAUAUUGUUAGUAUCAAUUUCUAAUGAUAUUUCACUAUUCUGUUUGACUGUAUAUGGGUAUCAUGUGAUGCCACAUCAUAAACAACACAACACUUGUCCAUCACUUCCUGAGUUAAGUGCUCAGUUGAAUUGGUAAUUGAGUUCACUCUGUAGAUGUUAUUUGAAAACAAGCUAUCUGUAAAUUAUGCUGCAACUAAUCUUAUAUUUGUUUAAAAAUCAUAAAAAUAAGGGAAAAAAAUGUAUCUCUCAUGGACUCAUGUUUGCCUAUCUUGUUAUGCGAUUUUCCAUGUUUGAGGUCUUUUUUUAUUUUUACCGGUGAGCCAGUUGCAUAGCUUAACUGUAUCUUUACAUGUGUCGAAUAUGGUAGUGAGACGAAGCCCACUGGCGGGCAGUGGAGGAGAUGGAUUUUGGGCGAAAUUCUGCACAUUUUCUCAUCGAUUAAACAUUUGAUCUCAAUACAGUUUAAUGUUACUAAAACUAUAAUCUGUUUUGAGUGGACUAUGGUUUGUAGACUUUUUACCAUUUGCAAACGUUUUAAAAAGUCGCAUUAUUUAGGAAGCGUGCAAGGGCGAAUUGAGUAAUGCACACGCGCACUUCAAAGUAGGCGUUCCCUAACGGAAAUAUGCAGAUAAUGUAAAAUGUCGCUACUAAGAUCUCGACAUUAACGUUAACAUUAAUGGCAUUUGUUGAAUUGCCUUAGAUUAAUUCUGACUAUUUUGGGGAAGUGGCUACAGCGUCUCAAAAUGGACAAGUACUACUAUUGUCGCUUUUUCUCGUUUCUCACGCGAAUGUAUUUUAUUAAGGGAGCAUGCGAGUGCACUCGUUCGGUUCGGUGUCAGCCGAACUGAACUGAAGCAUGCUAACGCAUGAGCUGAUCAGAAAACACUUGUAUGAGUGAUAGUAUGUUGGAUCAAUAGGCAAUUAAUCAGGGAUGUCUGCCGCUCUGCCUUAAUUUACCAGUGCCUUUACCCUGGGCUUUAAUCUAUAGCUGUGAGACUAGCAACAUCUCAGACACACACACACACACACA